AAAAAAAAAGAGAGAGCGAGAAAACACGUUUCCCCCAACCAAUCCUCCCCUCACAUGUUUUUUCUUCUUCACAUCGUAAAAGCUCUCGUCUUCCCGUCUUUUCCCCUAUCCAUCUCUCUCUUACAAGCUAUCUUUAUCUAUAUCUAUAUCUACACCGACAUAUCCAUAAGCAAUCGGCUCUGAAUUUUGACUUUAAUUUUGGGGGAAAGAAGGAAAGGAAGAAAGAUCAAGGAAAAGGCCCAAAAAGAUAUAAAGGGAUUAGACUUGGAGAUUGAAUGCUUGCUCUGUUUUUUUUUGGGGGGGUUCUGCUUGAGGGAAUUGAGGGGAUUUCUGGGAUUUGGUUAAUUUGGGUGAAUUGUUAAUUUAAUUGGAGGAAUCGAGGUGGGAUAAUUUAGGGUUUUGGUGGUGGUUGAUUAAUUUAUUUAAUUUAAUUUGAUUGGAGAUGGGAUUGGACGGUGGGGAUAUUCUAGAUGACGGCGAUGGAGUUGGAGGAGGAGGAGGAGGAGAGGGAGAAGGGGAAGCAUUGGUCACCGUUCCGUGUUCGAUUUGUUUGGAUGCUGUGACUGAUAAUGGGGAUAGAUCUUGGGCUAAGCUUCAAUGCGGUCACCAAUUCCACCUCGAUUGCAUUGGUUCUGCGUUUAAUGCUAAGGGUGCAAUGCAGUGUCCCAAUUGUCGAAAGAUUGAGAAAGGCCAGUGGCUGUAUGCAACUGGCUGUCGACAGCUACCUGAGUUCAACAUGGAUGAAUUUGCUCAUGAUGAAGAUCUUUAUGACCUUAGCUACUCUGAAAUGUUUUUGCAGUCUAUUGGAGUUCAUUGGUGUCCAUUUAGCGGAUUGACUCGGCUACCUUCAUCUUUUGAAGAAGGAGAAUACUCAUCUACUGCAUAUCAUGAAAUUUUUGGACAACACGCUAUCCUUGCUGAGCAUACAGCUAUAUCAUCUGCGAGUCAUCCAUGCCCAUAUAUUGCCUACUUUGGACCAGUCCAUCCCUCAUCAUCAAAUUCAAAUGCUAGCGUUUCCGAUGGUUCUAAUUUUAAUAAUCAUUGGAAUGGUGCAUCUGUACCAAAUGAGAUACCUGCAUCUUAUGCUUUCCCUGGCAUGGAUGUUCAUUAUCACAGUUGGGAUCACCAUUCCUCCCCUUUCCCUACGACAAGCAGUCGCAUUGGUGGUGCUGAUCAACCCUCAAUCCCAUCCGCGGCUCAAAGAGCAGCUAGAACGAAUUCUGAUGUUCCGAGAUCGGGAUCCUUUGUGCAUCCUUUCAUUGUUGGUCACAGUUCUGCUGCCAGAGCUGGGAGCUCAGUUGUCUCAUCAAUGAUUCCACCUUACCCUGGCAGUGUAGCUCGGACCCGAGACCGUGUUCAAGCUCUUCAGGCAUAUUUUCAGCAACCAAGCAAUACACCAUCAAUACGCAAUCCAGUGAUGUCUGGAUCGCGGAGAUCAAGUGCUCAUAGGAGUGUGGCACAAGUUGGUCCAGUUGCUUCAUCGUCUGACCAGACUGGUGCUUUUUAUUUCAUCCCUUCAAGUUCAUCUGGAAGAACCUAUCAAGAAGCAGAAAAUUCCCUGCCCAAUCGCUUCCAUGGUUGGGAGCGAGAACACUUGCCUUCCUUUCCCUCGAGUCAGAUUGAUAGAGACUCGGGUUGGGGACCAUUCCAUCAAGCAGCUGGUGGGGCUGAUGGUAGUCUCAGGACUAACAGCUUUCGUCAGAGGCAUGGACCUGAGAGGAUGCCAUCACAAAAUCGGUCAUAGACUGCUUAUUAUGUUGUGAUGAAACGUUAUGAUAACUAUGACUGAAACACAAUUUAUAUAUAAUGUUUGAGAAACAAUGAACAACAGUUGUAGCCUGUCAAGAUUGGCAGACGAAAAACUGUUAGAUGGCCUUGAAAGUUUGGUGGCCAAGUGAUUGUGUGAUGGAUUUUGGCUUCCUUCCUCGUGUCUUUGCCUGGGGGACAAUGAGAUCCACUCUUCAAUGGCAAAGUUGUAAACAUUUCCAGCAAAUUGGCUUUGAAAUUGUUUUCAUAACGAGUAACAUGACAUCCAUGUUCUCAGGAAAUUCUCUGAAUAAAUCACUCAUUGGCUGUUCAUA